CUGUUCUUUGUCAGAUCCAUCUAUCUCCCUCUUGCCAAGCCCCCAAUCCAUCCAUCCAUCCAUCCCUCCCUCCCUCCUCUACUAUCUAACAAGCAACGUAAUCCAAGCCCAUGUUUCGGUUGUCUUCUCUCGUGGGUCGCACCCCUCCCUCUCCCUCUCUCUACUAUCAUCCACGUGCGCGACCACCAGCGGGCGUACACAAGCAACCUCAGCCUCAACGGGGAGAGACAUCAUCUCCAGGUGACUCAGGUGAGCAUCAAGCUUACGCACUGACUUCAAAGUGCGAGAACCUUAAGGUAUGAACGGGAGGUCAAAUCAUCGGUAUGGCUUGCGACGCACAAGGGUGGCAAGGGUAAAAAUGACUUGCGUGCAUUCUCUGGGUAUAACAACCGGGAGUGUGCACAGGCAAGAAAAAAUUCAGAAUUCCUUUUCACUCACUAUGUCUUUGUUGUCAGGGACGUGUCCGGCGACCGACAUAUUCGAGAAACCACCCAUUACUCUAAACUCGAGGCGAGCGUGGGACCGGAUGGUUUCCCCUCAGUGGGCAUCGCCAGCUUCUGGUAAGGACAUAACUACUGUAGCCUCAGCCCUUUCCGUCGUCCUCCUGGUGUUUGUUGCAGCGCAAGUUCCUUGCCGGCACCACAUCCACGGGAUCUGCGGGCGGACAAGGUGACGCGGAUCAACUACCGCCAGGUGUGGGAGUCGGAUCCAGUGCGGGCGUGGCAGACAUACGACGUAGAAGGUAGCUGGGAGUAGACGGCCAUUCGCGUAUCCACGUGAGCAUGACGUCCACCACUCUGUGUGCUGGCAAUGUCAUUGCCCAGAGACAACCGACAAAGAUGGGCUUGGAUUACGUUGCUUGUUAGAUAGUUGAGAAGGGAUGGAUGGAUGGGUGGAUGGAUGGAUAGCAAGAGGGAGAUAGAUGGAUCUGACUGAGUCGUCGUUUUGCACUAUCAUUGG